UUUUUAUUUGGAUUUGUCAUCACUUCGAUAGAACGAACAAAAAAUACGUAGAAAUUUAGAAUUAUUGAACACUUAGUUUUUUACAUUUGUUGCCUUUUAAAAUUAUUACGAUAAACUUCUUAUCAUGGAUUGGUUGUUCGGCAAGAAAAUCUCACCGGAUGAGAUGCUGCGAAAGAACCAACGCGCCCUGAAUCGAGCUAUGCGUGAUUUGGACAGGGAGCGUAUGAAAAUGGAGCAGCAGGAAAAAAAGAUUAUUGCGGACAUAAAACGCAUGGCCAAGGAAGGUCAAAUGGACGCAGUGAAAAUUAUGGCCAAGGAUUUGGUACGAACACGUCGUUAUGUGAAAAAGUUCAUGCUGAUGAAGGCAAACAUACAAGCAGUCUCCUUAAAAAUACAAACACUAAAGUCGCAGAAUACAAUGGCGCAAGCGAUGCGCGGUGUUACUAAGGCGAUGCAGAAUAUGAAUCGUCAAUUAAAUCUCCCACAAAUUCAAAAGAUAUUGCAUGAAUUCGAAAAGCAAUCUGAAAUCAUGGAUAUGAAGGAGGAAAUGAUAAACGAAGCUAUCGACGAUGCGAUGGAAGAUGAGGGUGACGAGGAGGAGACUGAUGCAGUUGUUUCGCAAGUUCUUGACGAACUAGGCUUGCAACUGGGUGAACAAUUGGGAGAUUUACCCACUGCUACUGGUUCGUUGUCCAUUGCAGGGGGUGCAAAGAAUACUCCAGCUGCUGUUGCUGCCGGUGGUGUGGGCGGAGGUGCCGGUGGUGGUGCUGGUGGCAAUGGCGGCAAUGGGGGUAACGCUGCGGCUGCUGGUGGCAGUGACGCUUCGACACCUGUUUCCGACGCAGAUGCCGACUUACAAGCUCGUUUGGACAAAUUACGACGGGACUAGAGAUAAGAUUGCAAUCGAAAUGAUAAGCAAACAUUUUUACACCGGCUGUCUGCGCUUCGCUACACAGUUGUAAUAUUUGAUGUAUUAAUAUAUGAACUUAAGUUUUAUACUGUGGUAGGUCAGGAACUGUAUAUUUUUCUCGUUGAACUUUUUUGUUUUUUGGCAUAUUUGCACGCUGUUAGGAAAGGCGAAGCGCAUAAUAUUAAUGUUUUCAUCUACUAUGUACGAAUGUGUGAACCCGAAUCUGAGAAAAUAACAUUUGAUCAAUCACUGUCGAAAUGCUGUAAUUUGAAAUACUAUAUUUACUUCUAUUUUGUGUUAAUUAUAAAAACAUGUAAGAAAUUCUA